AUGAGAGGCUUGAGACUAGUACUGUUGCCAAUUGUCACUUUACUGGCAUCAGUAGUGAAGGCUUCCAGUGACGAGACCGUGUAUUGUAACGGGACUGUCGGUGCAUGUCCCGAUGACAAGCCAUGUUGUUCGCAGUACGGAGUCUGUGGUUCUGGCAGUUACUGCUUGGGUGGUUGUAAUCCAAGAUUUUCUUACAACUUGAGUGCCUGCAUGGCAAUGCCCAUCUGCAAGGACUCUCAGACCAUUUUCAACAACUAUAGCAGCAAGGUGGCCAACCAGUACACUUUCCUUGGAGAUGCAUCGGCUAAUGACUGGAUCUACGAGGGAUCUAUUGUAGACUACAACGACGAACAAGCGCUUUUGUUGACGAUGCCUCAAUAUUCGUCAGGAGCCGUUUUGUCGUCUACAAGAUACAUGUGGUAUGGAAAAGUAAGCGCCCGUAUGAAGACGUCACAUCUCGGAGGUGUCAUCACAGCUUUCAUCAUGUUUUCCUCUGUCCAGGAUGAAAUCGACUACGAAUUCGUGGGAGCGAACUUGACUAAUGCACAAACCAACUACUAUUUUGAAGGUGAUUUGAACUGGACGCAUUCGAGCAACGUUUCCGUUAGCAACACCUUUGAUAACUACCAUGUCUACGAAAUUGACUGGCACGAGGAUCAUCUCGACUGGCUCAUCGACGGUCAAGUUGGUAGAACGCUUUACAAGAACCACACCUUCAACGCUUCGACCGGACAAUAUGACUACCCACAAACGCCUGCGCGUAUCCAACUAUCGAUUUGGCCAGGUGGUACCAACACCAGUGCUUACUGGACGAAACUAUGGGCCGGUGGUGAAAUCGACUGGAAUGCUCCUGAUAUCAAAGAUCCUGGGUACUACUAUGCUACCGUGGAGAGUGUGAACAUCACAUGCUACGACCCUCCUGCUGGCACCAGACAAAAUGGAUCGGCCGCUUACAGAUACGUGGACAGCAAGAACUUCACCCAGGCUGGCGUGGCCAUCACGAACGAUACUACGGUUCUAGGCAGUUUGGAAGACAGCGGGUUCAACCCACAAAGCGGGAAGUCGUCAUCGUCGUCCUCAGCAUCUUCCAGCAGCACCAGCUCAAAGCCUUUCACUACACAAAGUGGAGCAUCAAAGAGCAAAAGCACUAGCGGAAGUACCGGUACCAGCACGGCUGCGAAGGGUUCGUCUGGCGAUUCCAGCUCGUCAUCGCAAGUGCCAUCUGGCUUUGUACAAAACAUGAAAAGCAGUUCUUCGAGCACAGCCGGGGCUGUUUCUCUAAACCUGGACGCCAACAAGCUGCUGCACGCUUUCGUGGCGGUUGCUGGAGCUGCAUUGGCAUUCGCUUGA